GCACCUCCCUGUCCCAGCCUCCCAGGUCGCAGCAGCUCCGCCCUCUCGCACUAGCGCGGCCAAAGCCCCCUCCUCGUCAAACCCCACUCCCAGGGCUCGGACGCGUUCCGCCGUGCGCCUGUGCUCUGCCCUGCUCCCCACGCAAGGCCAAGCCCGGAAGCCCCGCCGCCACCGCGCGCCCAUCCCACCCAUGGCGGCGCCGCAGCGGGCGAGGCCGCGCCCGCGGCCGCAGCUGGCGCGCAUCAACGCGAUGAGGCACUCGUCGUACCCCGGCGAGGACGAAGGCGCCGGCGACCCCGCGCCGGCCGACCUUGCCUCCGAGUUCGCAUCGCAGACCAGCUUCCGCAUCCGCGGCGGCCACGGCGGCCGCGCGGAGGUCGACGACCUCUUCCGGAAGCUCGGCCUCAACGGCCCCGAGGACUUCACCAUCCCCCCGGCCCUCUACGCCGCCGCCAUGGCGCAUAUCCCAACCUCUUCCCGCAGCCGCCGCCAGUCGCUGGAGGCGUCCCUGGCCCCGGACCUGGGCGCCGAGGGUUCAGCUCCGCAGGAGCUUCCGGAAAUAUCUGGGCGGGACGCCAUGGUCGCAGCGAGACUGGAGGCAGUCGUGCAGGGUGAGCAAGCUGUGCUGGCCACUAAAGUAGUCCAACCAGAGGCUGUUGAAGUUUCCGCACGUUCCUACAAAUGGCCUGAAGCUGAAUCGGGGAGCAGAGUGAUCGAACCGGAGACAGCGCAAGUUUCCAAACGAGAGAUUGCCGCCGUCGUGAAGUUGGGGACUGGGGACAUUGAGAAGGGCGAUCCGGUCAAGGUGGAUCAGUUGCGAGUGGAGAGAACAAAAGCGGUGGUUGUCGAGGCGCCAAGGGAGACUACGGGUGCUCUGGUUCAAGUUGUAGCAGAGUCAACUUCUCGUGACAUUGAGCAUUGGAUCUCGCCAUCGCCACACAGGCGGUUUAAGAGGACCAUUACGACUUGGAUCAAGGGAGAGCAUCUCGGGAGUGGAUCGUUUGGGUCAGUGUACGAGGCCAUCAGCGAUGAUGGUUUUUUCUUUGCUGUCAAGGAGGUAUCCUUAAUGGAUCAGGGACUCAACGCAAAGCAGCGCAUUCUGCAACUUGAGCAUGAGAUAUCUCUCUUGAGUCGUUUGGAGCAUGAAAAUAUAGUACAAUAUUUUGGAACAGAUAAGGAAGGUGGGAAAUUAUAUAUUUUUCUUGAACUUGUUACUCAAGGAUCAUUGGCAGCUUUAUAUCAAAAAUACCAUUUACAAGAUUCACAAGUCUCAGCAUACACAAGGCAGAUUCUGAAUGGUUUGCUCUAUCUACAUCAGCGGAAUGUCCUGCACAGAGAUAUCAAAUGUGCGAAUAUCCUAGUUGAUGCAAGUGGGCUGGUCAAAUUGGCAGAUUUUGGACUUGCGAAGGAGAUGUCAAUUUUGAGCCAGGCAAGAUCUAGCAAGGGAACUGUCUUCUGGAUGGCCCCUGAGGUUGCUAAGGCUAAGCCACAUGGACCACCAGCAGACAUAUGGAGUCUUGGCUGCACAGUUUUGGAGAUGCUGACAGGCAAAGUUCCGUACCCUGAGAUGGAAUGGACACACGCUUUGCUUAAAAUUGGUCGGGGAAUACCACCAGAAAUUCCUAAUACGUUAUCAGAAGAUGCGCGUGAUUUCAUAAAGAAGUGUGUUCAAGCAAAUCCAAAUGACCGUCCAUCUGCUGCUCAGCUAUUGGAGCAUCCUUUUGUGCAGAGACCGCUACAACAUUAUGGCGCCUGAUCUUUUCCUCUGCUGCUAACAGAUUCGAUUGUACAUAAGCUGAUUUAAUUCACAUGUCAAAGCUGGUGCUGAUAAUGAUGAUGACCUCUUGGCCUGAAUUCCGAGAAUGGCCCCUCAAUCUGAAGACAUCCCUUGCUCACUGCACCGUUGUCAUGCUUGAUAGUUUAUGGGAGGUUUAAAAUUGCUUUCAAUCCGGUAAGCACAUCCAGGCACUUAGAAGCAAUUAUGUUGAUGUAAAUGUAAUGUGGGCAUUCCAUGUUCGGUUGAAGAUGGCUGAUAUAAGUGAUUCUUUUCGAGCUUGUUGGGUGUUGUUUACACCCUGUUCCUAUGGCUGAAAUUGUGUAUUGGUGGCAUCUUGCCACCACAGGUUCUGGUUGCUGCACACCACCAAGAGCAGUUCCUUUCAUGUACUUCCUAAUAUCUGGCAGAUCAAGUGUUUACUAGUAUUUGACAUUUUGGCCAAACGGGAAAUCACACUGUUUCAUCAAAAGCGAAUGAUGUGGAUGCUGGCAAUAUAAUGCACCUGUCGCUCAACGGUCGCAUAUCCUGUUC